AUGAGCGGGGUGCUGUCAGGGGUAACCACAUCUGUCAACCGUUCUUGGCCAAUAAAGAGCGGAGCGAGGCGGACCACAGGUGCGCGCCUCUGCGUCCCCUUGGCACAGCGCCCGGGAGAUGCUGGAGAGAGACGCCUAGCUGCCCCGUGGCGCAAAAGAGUUACUGUCAAAGGCAGCCUCCUUUUAACUCCAGCUAUCACUCUGGCUCCGAUAGUUAUGGCGACCGCAACAUCCAACCACUACAGCGUCCUCACCACCCCCAGCAGCGCGCCGCCGCCGCACUCGGAGUCCGGGAGCAUGCAGCAGGCGGCAGCGUACAGGGACGCGCACACCCUGCUCCAGAACGACUAUAGCACGUUACCGGGCGGUGGACAUCCGCUCAGCCACGCGCACCAGUGGAUAACGGCGCUGUCUCACGGUGACAGCGGGGCGCCCUGGCCAUCUAGUCCCCUCGGAGAACAGGACGUGAAGCCCGUGCUGCACGACAGUGACCGAGAGGAGCUGCAGAACUCCAGCAGUCUGCAGCAACAGCAGCAGCAACAGCGACACCCUCACCUAGCGCACCAGCAGGCGCAUCACGACGCCAGAGCAUGGCGAACCAGCACAGCCACCACGCACAUCCCCGGUAUGGCGACAUCUGAGGGCCAGAGCCUGGUGUAUUCUCAGUCCGGCUUCGGUCUGAUGCCAGGGGGAGAGCAAGGGGGGAUGCACCACCACCCCCUGCGGGACGAGGACCACCACAGCCACAGCCCGCACCUCAGUGAACAUGGAGGCGGCCCCGGGGCCCACCAGCAGUCUCUCUCACACCAUCACCAGCACGGGGGUCAUCAGGACCACUCAGACGAGGACACACCGACCUCGGACGAGUUGGAGCAGUUUGCCAAGCAGUUUAAACAGCGACGCAUCAAGCUGGGCUUCACCCAGGCGGACGUGGGACUGGCUCUUGGGACGCUGUAUGGAAACGUCUUUUCUCAGACCACCAUUUGCAGGUUCGAGGCGCUUCAACUUAGCUUCAAAAACAUGUGUAAACUCAAGCCCUUGUUGAACAAGUGGCUGGAGGAGGCGGACUCCACCUCGGGGAGCCCCACGAGCCUGGAUAAAAUCGCGGCACAGGGGAGGAAAAGGAAAAAGAGGACCUCCAUCGAGGUGGGCGUCAAAGGGGCUCUGGAGAGCCAUUUUCUCAAAUGUCCAAAACCAGGAGCGGCGGAGAUCAACUCCCUCGCGGACAGCCUGCAGCUGGAGAAGGAGGUGGUGAGGGUUUGGUUUUGUAACAGGCGGCAGAAGGAGAAGAGGAUGACACCCGCUGGGGGACAGAUACCAGGAGGAGAGGACAUGUACGGGGACACCCCUCCUCACCACGGAGGACAAACUCCUGUGCAGUGACCCCCCUAGUGCAGUUAUUCUGAGCUAAACACGGACCCCUGAAGGAGGAAUAAUGCCUCCUUAUUUGUUUGAUUCUCCUGUGCUGCUGGACCGCUUGGAACUGGACCUGAUCCAGUUUAAAUGUUGGACCCACGGACACGCACAGUGGGGAUUUACAGUGGCACUCAAGCACUAAAAAUACGCAUAGCAGAGGAGAGGAACUGCCAGGCAGACUGGGAUACGGCUGGUGUGUGCUAACCAAAAAAAAGAAAAAAAGAAGAAAAAAAUGCUUUUCUAUACCUUCUACCGAGGCGCCGAUGUGUCGUUAUGUAAUGUGUCAUUAAAGAAAGGCAGAGUGGGAUGUGGACACGAGGUGUCCGCGAGGGGGACAAAAAUAUAAAAACAAGCUCGUGGGGCUCGAUGAUAAGUCGCAGUCAGUGUGGGUAAAUAAACGCCAUCUUUCCAUCAUAACAAAAGCAACAGGGGUUCUUCACAGCUUGUGGCAAAGAGAGGGCUGAGAUGGCAAACACCUGCUGUACAAUGUUCAAAAAUCAAGCCAAUACCAGCCAAAUUAUUUUAUUAUUAUUAUUAUUAUUAUUAUUAUUAUUAUUA